AUGUUCGAUAAAAUGAUCCAGACAUAUGAAGUUAAAGAGUUAUUUGGUGGCAGUGUUGCUAAAUCAUUCCAGCAAUACAAAAGCUUUAUAACUUUUGCAGCUGAAGGAAAUGCCUUCAAGGACAAUGUAGAGAAGCUGCCUCUUCAUAGAGAACUAUAUGAACUGAAUCCCUCAAGCUUCUUUGUGCCCUCUUUCAUAAACGCAUUCAUGGCUAAUGAUGAUGUCAGCAGAAAUCAAAGUAUCAGAAACAUAAUGUCUGAACUUGUUCCAGGAGUUUUCACAUUCGAUAUGCUCCACCCAGAUUUCUGUGCAAAGAUGCUAGCUGAGGUUGAAAAUUACGAAAAGUGGAUUCUGGAAACAAAAUCAUCCACCAUUCGCCUAAACACCAUGAACAAAUAG